AUGGCCUGCGAUCUUAGCAAAGCUGCUUGGCUGUACCCUUUUCGCGGAAUAUACUACUUCCUAUCACAUCGCUUCCUCUGGCCCUUGUUCAAGACACGUUUGAUACCGAUUGUUCUGCUCUCCGCCUUCAUCUACACCAUCCUCUUUCUCUUCGCCUAUUUACCGCAAGUAGCAUUCCUUGCCAUCUUUCAAGGAGCCGGGGCGUGGAUCAGUGGUGCUUUCUUGGUUCUGGGUGAAGGAGCUGCCGUGGUAGCUGCACUUUUCGAGGCGUUCUUUGUUGAUGAGACCCUGGUGGAUAUAUUCGAUGCCGUGUUGGUUAGCGAAGGCCAAGGGGAGCUGGUCGCCGCAUCUCGCGUGUUAUACCCCCAGGGCGACGAUGUCGUACAACGACUGGGCAAGCCAACCCAGUCUGCUGUCUACUCGCCCUUCUCGCUGAGGCAGAUUUUGGAGUUUAUCAUUCUUCUCCCGCUGAACUUUAUUCCCGUGGCGGGCACUCCCAUGUUCCUCAUUUUGACGGGAUAUCGCGGUGGGCCUUUCCACCACUGGCGGUACUUUCAGCUGUUGGGUCUCUCCAAGCAGCAGAGGAAGGAGAGGAUUCGGAAACGGCAAUUGCAGUAUACGACGUUCGGAACGGUGGCCUUGAUCCUGCAACUGAUUCCUGUGCUCUCCAUGUUCUUUCUGAUGUCAACAGCAGUUGGGGCUGCUUUGUGGGCUGUGGAGAUUGAGAACCGACGUCCUCUUUUAACCUCAGGCAGACGCUCUGACCGAGACGAUGCCUACCGUGAUACUAUCGAUCCCAUGGCUUGA